CAAAAAUGGGCCUAUGAAAUUUUAAAUUGUGGUUCGAUUAAAUCCUGAAUAAAUGCUUCUAUAAACCCUAGUUUUUUUGCCUCCUCCACAAUUUAUCCCCAUUUCCAACCGGUGUUGCGGAACUAGCUCCAGCCAUGGGUAUUGAUUUGGAAGCCGGAGGCAAGAACAAGAAGACCAAGCGCACCGCGCCUAAAUCCAAUGACAUUUACCUCAAACUUCUCGUCAAGUUGUACCGGUUUCUUGUGAGGAGGACCGCCAGCCGUUUCAAUGCGGUGAUUUUGAAGCGUUUGAUCAUGAGCAGGGUCAACAAAGCCCCGCUUUCACUCUCUCGGCUCGCACAGCACAUGAAGACCAAGGAAGGGAAGAUUGCUGUUGUUGUAGGGCCUGUGACCGAUGAUAUUCGGGUGCAUGACAUUCCUGCCAUCAAGGUUACCGCACUGAGGUUUACCGAAAGAGCCAGGGCUAGGAUUGAGAAGGCUGGAGGAGAAUGCUUGACCUUUGACCAGCUCGCUCUUAGGGCUCCUCUUGGGCAAAAUACGGUACUCCUGAGAGGUUCUCCUAAAGCACGUGAAGCUGUGAAGCACUUUGGUCCCGCUCCUGGUGUUCCCCACAGCCACACUAAGCCUUAUGUGCGAGCUAAGGGAAGAAAGUUUGAAAGGGCAAGAGGAAAAAGAAACAGCAGGGGUUUCAGAGUUUGAGAUAAUUAUUCAUGUUGGCAAAACCAAAAACGGGAUUUUGGCCUUCUCUCUUGAGUUCUGUUUUUUUGUUUCAAUGUAUUGUGGAUUCAAUUAUCAUCGAUUUUACUCUAUUUUCUCGGAACAUCUAAA